GUCUUAUUUAUUAAUCAUUUCGUUCUUUUUUUUUUCUUUUUUCUAUUUUGUUUUUCUUUUCUUUUCGUUUCCUCUUCCGAAAAGAAAAAAAAAAAAGAAAAACUUUUGAGGAAGCUACAUCGGAUUACAUUAAAAACUCGAUCGCCACUAUCGUAUUUCAUACAAUGAAUAAUACAUCAAUUAUAAUCAUUAUCUGUCAAAGUUGAUUUAUCAUCGAACUAUAAGACAUCAUCGAAAGUGUUGAAAUUUUAAGUGUUCGAUAAAAUCGACGAAAUGCUAUUGACAAAAAUAUUAUUUGUCUACGUUGGAUUUUACAUCGUUUUAUUGUCAAUGGUCGAUUCAAUGCCGCAACAAGAUGAACCGUUAUUAGACGUUCCAGUACAACUCUUUGGUUUUCCCAUUAUCAUUGCCGCCGUUAGGGUCUCGAAUUUUAUUAAAAAGUUGGCUUAUUCAUUGAAUCCAGAGACAUAUGCAAACAGAACUAAACGAAUGGCACGUUUGAUACACGACGAGGAAAUAUUGAACGUUGGACAAAUCGAGAAGAAACUCGUUGAAAAACUCGGUAAUGAUGUAUGCAUUUACGAAAGAAUAUGCGCGAAAUAUGCUACGAAAACGUUGCAAAGAAGAAGCAGAGAACGUGUCCUAGAUUGGGAUGUCAUAUUCAGAGAAUAUAAAUCGUCGCCAAAUCCGAUGAAAGAGAAUUAUCUUUUGAGCGUCUUUCUUGGAGAUGUUAUUGGCAGUCCAAGGCUUUGCCAUCAACUGGCAAAGAGAGGAAGAGCCUGCGACGAUUAUACUCCGUCGGAUUAAUUAAAAAGGACGUUACGAGAAUGAAAGAAGGUCGUGUGGUUUCCUCGAGUGAUUGUAAAUAUUUUGAUGCCAUGAACGUUACGCUGAUCACCGACCGGUUCUUCCUCGUAUGAAAAUAUUCUUUUUUUUUUCUUUUCCUUUCUUUUGUUUUUUUUCUUUUUUUGUUUCGUUGAUAUCGAAAUAGAAGCGCAAAAAUAUAUCUAUAUAUGUAUAUAUAUAUAUAUGUAUAUAUAUAUAUAUAUAUAUUUGUUUGUUAUAUUUUUCUCAUGUUAUUUCUCUCAUGUAAAAAUCUAUAAUGCAAUAUGGAUUACCAUUUUAAUAUUAUUAUAAUAAAAGUGUUUAUGUUUUA